AUGUGGAACGACGAGGAUAACAACCCGUACGGAACCAGCUUCGAUAGACGGGAUUCGCAAUCAUCGUCCAUCAACCCGACCUCUCCGUCCACUCGGGAAUAUCAGCGCUUCGAACCCCCUCAAACGCCAACCUCCGACAGCGACAAUGAACACAACCAUGGCGUAAUUCAUGACGACAGUGACGAUGACGAUGAAGAUUUGACACAAGAUGCUGGCCCAAAGCGCAAGCCUGGCGGCUACGAUAGUCGCAUCGAGCAGAUUCUCUAUGAGAACCCCAAACUGUCCAUUCUCAUCACGGAUGCUGGUAAGAGCAUAGAGAGUGGCGGCAGGUACAUUGUGUACACUAUCAAGACCGGAGAUCUUGAGGUGCGCCGCCGAUACUCCGAGUUCGCUUCUCUGCGCGAUGCUCUCACUCGUCUUCACCCUACCCUCAUCGUUCCUCCCAUCCCUGAGAAGCACACCAUGGCCGAUUAUGCUGCCAACCCAACGAAUGCGAAGCAAGAUCAACAAAUCAUUGAUUUGCGCAAGCGCAUGUUGGCAGUGUUUUUGAACCGUUGUCGCCGGAUGGAAGAGAUUCGAACAGAUGGGGUCUGGUGGCGAUUCCUUGACCCGAAUGCUAGCUGGAGCGAGGUCCUCCACUCUCAUCCCGUGGCUUCUAUCCCGAAAUCGAUUUUGAAGGCGCCUCCACUGAACCCUGCGAACCCAACUCCUGCGCACAACUACUUACCCAUUCCGGCUGCGUCGGCAAAGUUGAAGACGGUGGCCGGUACCAAUCAUGACAACAGCUCAGGCCAUAUCCAAGCAGGACCCCAUGCCUUUGGUCGAUUUCCACCUGAAGGACAUAAUCUCGGCGAACAGGAACUCGACCCUUACUUCAUAUCUUACGAAUCUUCGAUUAAGGACCUUGAGCAACUUCUGACUGGACCCAUGGAAAAGGUGAAUCGACGAACCCUCAGCCAUCUUUCAUCAUUAGCAGCCGAUCUUUGCGAGCUGGGCUCCGUUUACAAUGCCUUUGCGGUUUCGGAGCAGGCACCAUCACUCGGACCUGCUAUUGAGCGCAUAGGCCAGGCGGCUGAUCUGUCAUACAUUGCGACCGAGGAACUGUCGGGUUCUCUGGGCGCAAGCUUUGCCGAACCGAUGCGUGAGCAUGCGCAAUUUGCAGGUGUUGUCAGGAGCGUGCUAAAGUACCGCGUGCUUAAGCGUGUACAGCAAGAUCUCACAACUGAAGAGCUAAGCAAGAAGCGAGCACUCCUUGACCAACUAGAGCAAAGCGAAGCCGAAGCUCGAAGGAUCGAGAACUACCUAUCCAGCAGUCAACAAAUUUCACCGCCGCCAAAGCGAUCGACGAGCCUUAGGGAGCCGCCCUCUCACCAGCGACGGGAUGGUAGCCAGGAGGACACUGAGUCCAUCGAUUCUGAUUUCCCAGGGACUCAUGGUGACUUCUCAUCCCAUACCCCUUCAGCCAGCCAAGGAUUGCCCGAAAGAAGUACCAGUGUGCCCUCUCAUAAGAAGAUGCCCAGUGGGAACUCGAUAACGAACAAGAUCUUUGGACCCAUUCGCCAUGCCGUGCAAGGAGUUGUUGACGUUGAUCCGGAGAGAACUCGCCGUGAUUUGAUCGGAAAGACGAGAGAGAGCAUCGGUCAGCUGGAGCAAGCCCAGGUUGUCUCGGAAAAGGAUGUCAAGGAGGCCAGCGCUAGUGUGCUGAAGGACAUGAAACGUUUCCAAAAGGACAAGGAGGAUGACUUGCGACGAUACAUGCUUGCGUAUGCGCAAAGUCAAAUCGAAUGGGCGAAAAAGAGCAAGCAGCAAUGGGAAGAGGCUCGAGCAGAGGUAGAGAAGAUUGAUGAGUCCUAA